CAUUGUUAGUUUCUUGGUCCUCGAUCUUCCCUUCCCUUGUUUUCUUCUUCCUCUGUUUCCUGCUCUGUUCCUUCAAUGGAAGAGGCGAACCCAACUCUGGCUGCUUCUCAAAGCCCUAACUCCAUGGACGACCUCUUGACGUCCUUAGAGAAUCUUCAUGUCAACGAUCUCGGGUUUCAGGUUGACAAUCAUGGGUUCCCUUGUCAAUCUCCUGCUGCUUCUCCUUCCGAUUAUGGGUCUGCUCUGUGGCCGUCCUGUUUCCAGAACACCCUUUGGUGUGCUUCAACUCUACCGUCCCCAUUCACACUUGGAUGCCAUUCUUCUCUCAAUGCCUAUGGUAUUCGCCCCAAUCAUCAUUCCCUGACCGCCUUGAACGCUGCUGUUUUUAACUCUUCCGAUUUCGAACCCACAUUACAACUUCCACAAGACAAAUCAAUAAUUGAACUGGCAUUGACUCCAGACGGUUCUCAACUGCUUCAGAACCUUCUGCUUUCCAACGAUGUUAGCUGCGUCAACAUCAUAUUCGAAGGAGUAAUUGGGUCUAUAUUCCGUCUCAUGGCUGACCAGUUCGGCCAUCAAGUCUUUGGAAUUCUGAUUCAGUUAUGUGAUGAGUAUCAGCAGCAGAUAAUGGUAGAAAAUUUGAUUGCAUAUCCCGACGCAUUCAUACUAAUAUCUCUCGACAGAUACGGUUCUCCCUCAGUUAAAAGACUAAUCAAACUGUUGCAGAAAUCGCCUUUGGUUACCAAUCUUGUGAACACUCUAUGCACUGGAUUCUAUGAAUUGAUGAUUCACAGGACAGGAUCCCACGUUAUAUUGUCUUGUCUGGAUACGCUCGAUGUUGAAAACAACAAGCUGUUUUACGAAGCAGGGAUGAGCAAUUCUUUUAAAUUGGCCACACAUCAGGCCGGAUGCUUGUCCUUGAAAAGUUUCAUCUCGUCAGUUAAAGGUCACUACAGAAAUCAGUUCCUGGAAUGGGUUUCUAAAGAAGCAGUAUGCCUUUCCAAAGACCCUUUUGGGAACUUUGUAGUGCAGCAUGUCCUGGACCUCCAUCACCCUGACUUCACCAGGAAAAUAUGCUCUAGUCUGCAAGACCACUACGCGAAAAUCUCGAUGCUGAAAGGCGGCAGUCAUGUGGUAGAAAAAUGUCUCACGACUUCAGAGAGGGAUUGGGCAGUUAUUGAAUUUAUCAACAGUGACCAUCUGGUGCAGUUGUCCAAGGAUCAGUUCGGGAACUAUGUCAUCCAGGCAGCUUUGAAAGAAACCAAACGUGUGGACAGUCCACUCCAUGAGAUACUUGUGAGGAAACUGAAAUCACAUUCUGAGGCGCUGCAACGCGGAUAUGGAAAGAAUGUGCUGAAUUUGAUCCGCGCAUUCCAGAUGACUUCUUUUUAGUUUUGAAUUGCUACAGUACUUUUGUUACAUAUUAGUAGUAGGUUUCGUUGUUGAAUUGUUUUGGGAUUACAGUGCAUUAGAAUUAGGAUAUAUUGAUUGAAAUCUGUGUGAAUGUGUUUUAGGAGUUGGGAAUUUGUGAUGUGUAGUAAGCAACUUGACUGAUUCUUGUUACAAUUUGAUUGAAACUUUACUACCCUAGAAGAUCCUAUUUUCUUUGUUAUAUUUGGCAUGUUAUUUUGUUAUUGGCUCAACAUAAAUGACAUACCUUUAU